AUGGGCUUCGAGUACGAACGGGUAACCAACGCCCGCUCCGAUCCUGAGCUGGCAACUCCCAAGGACGCAGGCGAUGAAGAAGACGAGGCUCUCCUACAACCCAACAAAACCAACACCAACAACAACUCGUUCUGUCCUCCUCCGAAACAUCCUCAUCCUUUCCUCGCCAUCUGGGGUCUCAUCAGCCUCGCCCACACCCUCAUUCUCUCCAUCAUUCCCACAAAUACGCACCCUCCCACCCCAAACACCUGUCACUGCGGUAACUCCACCACUGAAGCCCUCACCCUAGGGUGCAAAUUUGACUCUCUAGCCGCAGCCUGGCUUCCACCACACUGCCGCGACGACGAGCUCACCGCGGAGUUUGAGCGCGCUGGGCCCAAUCCCGACGGGAGCUGGACGUACUACGCAGACGAUUACCACACCGUGCCCAUGGCUAUUGAGGAGGUUGCAGCUCUGGCGGAUAAUCAGUCUGCCAGAGUGCAAAUGACGAGGGACUGGCAUGUCGUGCAUUGUUUGUUUUACUGGAGGAAGAUGUUCCGCGUUAGGGACUUGGAAGGGGUGAUUGUGGAGCCUAGCUUUGAUCAUGAGGAGCAUAUCAAGCAUUGUAUUGGGGUUGUGUUGGAGGAUAGUUGGGGGACCGAGGCGAGGGUGGCGUUGGAUACGUAG